AUGCAUAGAGCUGGUUCGAAAGAGGAAGGGCGUGGAGAUGAUCAUAGGGAAUUGGCAUCGCAGCAGCAGCGAGGGGGUAGACGACUGCGAUCAGUUGCGUCGCUGACAUCUCUCAAGUCUCUUAGUCCUCCGCAGACGAUGAACUGGCCGAUAUCGAAGGCUACUAUAUCGGUUGACUUGACAAAUCAUUUCACCAGUACGUUGGUUCGCAGUUCCUUAGCGGACCAGGAGAGUCUGUACGAGCGGUUGUCACCGUCGCCUCAGAAUGUGGAACCGAAUGUGGAGGGUUUGAGUUCGGAGGCGAUGACCUAUGAUCUUCUGAGUAUUCAGGAUGAAUUGACUCAUAGUCUGCAUUCGGUUGCAUAUGUACCUCUACGUGAGUUGCCUAAUCCGUUUCGAAGGACUGUGGAGAACUGCAAGGAAUUGCCGCAAGGGAAACAGUUCCUUAUUCUGACAUCGGCGGGCAAACCGAUAUACUCUAUGAAUGGGCAAGAUGAAUAUGUUAUGGGUCUUAUGGGGAUAGUACAUACUAUAAUAAACUAUUUUCAGCUUAGUGGUCAAAAGGAAUGUCUCAAGACGAUUACGACGUUUGACACGAAUGGUGUGCUGCAGAAGUUCACAUUCUUGAAUAAAAGACAUGUUGUUUUGCUUGCUAUGACGAAUUAUAACGAGACGGAUUUAAAAUUGCAACAACAAUUGGACUUGCUGUAUUCGUAUUUGAUUUCGACGUUGUCUCUGAGACAGUUGAAUAGGUUGUUUAACAAGCGUGAGAACUUCGAUCUACGCAGUCAUCUUACAGGCUCGGAUUUCCACAAUUUGGAUCAAUUGUGCCAGUCAAUUUGCUUAGGCAAACAUCCUGGAUGGAUGCUUGGAGCUUUGGAGUGUGUUACACUUAAGAAAUCAAUUAGGCAGCGUAUACACACGAUAAUGCUGCAGUCUAUUCGUGAUUUGCCCGUUGGAGCGUUACUAUAUGGCAUUAUUAUGGCGCCAGAUCACAGGUUGGUCUCCGUAAUGAGACCAAAGGGCCAUACAUUGCACACUACAGAUUUACAGCUACUUUUUUCGAUGGUGGAAAACCAACUGCAGUUUUUAGAUAGCAAUCAAGAAGUUUGGGUCCCCGUUUGCUUCCCUAAAUUUAACGGGAAUGGAUUCCUCUACUGUUAUUUCAAGUUUUUACCGCCUGGAUUCAUUGGUACCGCUAAUAAUUAUGGUAAUGCUACUACACUCGAGGGUAAUGAACGUGUCAAACCAACUUUAAUCCUAAUAAGCCCACAGAAGAACUCCUUUUACGAGCUUCAACAGGCGGCUAAUACAAUGACUGAUAAUUUAACCAUAUCUGGCAUUCUGCCGCACAUUACAAACCCUUCAAGAUUUACCAUCAACGAUAUCCCAGCUCCGCUGGUUCAUCAUUUUAUUUACAAGUCCAAAAAAUACGUACAAUAUGUUAUGCCAGAAACAUCUUCCGUUACGGAUUGGUCCACGUUGAUGAAAUACUACUCUCAUUUGAAAUCAGCUGUAUUCGACAAUAAUGGGACCCCACUGAACAAGACAGUCCUCAGCUUUGUACGUUGGUCAGCACUAUCAGACGAGGAUAGGCCGCCAAAAAGCCGCAACAACGAAUUGUUAUUGCAAGAAGAUUUAAAUGCUGAUUCUAGAGAAUUUUUCAUAGAAGAAGGCAUGGAUAUGUUUGGUAUGGCAUGGUUCACUCCUAGCUUUGAAUUGUACCUGGUGUGCAACAACGGAGCAGUUGACAGAAACAUGAUCCUGAAAAGUGCACGGAACAUAUCACGUUGGUGCAAAUUGAACGAACAUAGGCUCUUCGUAUCUGAUAGUGCUGUAUUCUAA